AUGAAGUUGAACAUCAGCUACCCUGCCAAUGGCAGCCAGAAGCUCAUCGACAUUGAGGAUGAGCGCAAGCUCCGUGUCUUCAUGGAGAAGCGCAUGGGCGCUGAGGUUCCUGGUGACUCCAUCGGCGAUGAGUUCAAGGGCUACAUCUUCCGCAUCACUGGUGGAAACGACAAGCAGGGUUUCCCCAUGAAGCAGGGUGUCAUGCACCCUACCCGUGUCCGCCUCCUCCUCUCCGAGGGCCACUCUUGCUACCGACCCCGACGCACCGGUGAGCGCAAGCGAAAGUCUGUCCGUGGCUGCAUCGUCGGCAUGGAUCUUUCUGUCCUCGCCCUCAGCAUUGUCAAGCAGGGUGAUGCUGACAUCCCCGGCCUCACCGACGUCGUCCACCCCAAGCGCCUCGGUCCCAAGCGCGCCACCAAGAUCCGCAAGUUCUUCGGCCUCACCAAGGAUGACGAUGUCCGCAAGUACGUUAUCCGACGAGAGGUUCAGCCCAAGGGUGAGGGCAAGUCUCCUUACACCAAGGCUCCCCGCAUCCAGAGACUCGUCACCCCUCAACGUCUCCAGCACAAGCGCCACCGCGCUGCCCUCAAGCGUCGCCAGGCCGAGAAGGUCAAGGACGAGGCCAACGAGUACGCCCAGGUCCUUGCCAAGCGUGUUGCUGAGGCCAAGGCCAACAAGGCCGAUGCCCGUAAGCGACGAGCAAGCUCUAUGCGCAAGUAG